UGUAGCCAUCAUGACCACCCUCCACGCCUCCAAGGACCCCCUCCCCCGGGGUGUGUCUCCCACCCCUAGCAAGAUUCCCGUGCGCUGUCAGAGGCGCCCACCUUUCCCCACAGUCAGAGCAUGCGCCCCGGACCAGGAGAACCAAGAUCCGAGGGGAGUGAUGCAGAAGCCACUGCUCGCCCUUCAGCGCCCUCUCGGCGAAUCCCCAGGCCCCCGGUUGAAAGCCAAGCAGCAGACCAAGAGAGCACAGGGCUCGGAGGGCAUCACUCCGGCCCGGACCACUCUGGAGGAGCUGAGGCCUGACACUGGGAGACAAAAUGUGGGACCUGGUCUACCUCCCCAGACAGAGGCUCCAGCAGCCGUAGAGUUUGUAGCUGAUCCUGCAGCCCUGGCCACCAUCCUGUCAGGUGAGGGGGUGAAGAAUGAUUUUCCGGGGCGCCACUCCAGUCUCGCUAGAAGAGUCCUGAUUCAAGGGAGCAAAGGCAGCACCACCCAGAGGGCCCAGGGUGCUCGGGCCUCUGCAUAUCUGGCUCCCAGAACCCCCAUCCACCCACUGGAUCCCGUCAGGGCUUCCUGCUUCUCAAGGCUGGAGGGCCCGGGACCCCGAGGCCGAAUGGUGUAUCCCCAGAGGCUGGAGGCUGUGGUUCAGCUGUCAGGACCCUCCUUGCCCUUCUCCACCACCCGUCCCAACUUCCAGGAAUUAAGAAGAUUGGCAGGUGGCAACAGCCGGAGUGCGGCGAGCCAGGCUUCUGAACUGCUUCUAGAGACCCCGGCCCAGCCUGCUUCCUCUCUCCCUGAAGGAGAGCACGCCGUUGCCCCUCACUCCGAUGGAGGAGGAGGGGCUCCCCUUGGCCUGGCCCAGCGAGUGCCCUUGAGGGAAAUCCCAGCGAUGCCACACAGCAGGGAUGGCCAAGGCUCUCACCUGAUGCCCUCCCCUGCGACCCAGCCCAUGCCCGGCCGUGUGGUACCUCCUUCUAUCCCCCACCCGUCGCCUUUUGGGCGAGCUCAGCGUGUCCCCUCCCCUGGUGUCCCCGCAGCAGCAUCCUAUUCAGUAUUGCGGCAUUUCACCAUGCGACCCAAGACCCGGUUCACACCCAUCUCAUCAAACCCCAGGGUUCAGCAGGCCCGGUGGCUGCGGGGCCUCUCCCCUCAGUCCUGCCGUGAGGACCCGGCCCUACCCUGGGGACAGAUUGCAGUGCGAUUGUUUGACCAGGAGACUCACGGUGAAGUGCAGGAUGGUCCUGGGGAACCAUCAUCGGCCCCUCUUGGUCUCCACCCCAACACAGCCUCUAGCCUUCAGGAGCUGAAGCUGCAGCGCAUCAGCAUCCUACAGCAGCUGCUACGGCAGGAGGUAGAGGGGCUGGCAUGGGACAAGUGUGCCUCCCUCAGUGGUGCCCCAUCUCUGGACAUGGCUGAGCUUCAGCCCCUGCUGGCUGAGAUGUCUAGAACUGUGAAAGCCGCAGAGCCUGAUCCUGGGACUGCCUGCCUUCACGGACUGUCACAACCUGCUGGGCGGCUGGAGUCUUGCCUUCCAGACAAGGGUGGGGAGGCGCAGCCCUGCCUUACGGCUAAGUUGGCUCCCACAGAGUCCUGUGGCAAUGAGGUGCCGGAGCCAUCUCCCCAAGAACAGCAUGGGGUGCCAGAGCCCUGCCCUGUAACAGAGCCUGAAGCCCAGCAGCCCUGCCCUGCAGCAGAGCCUGAAGUCCAGCAGCCCAGCUUCAGGUUGCAGGCCAGGCUCCUGGAGCCCUGCCCUGCAGCAGAGCCUGAAGUCCAGCAGCCCAGCUUCAGGUUGCAGGCCAGGCGCCUGGAGCCCUGCCCUGUAGCAGAGCCUGAAGCCCAGCAGCCCAGCUUCAGGUUGCAGGCCAGGCACCUGGAGCCCUGCCCUGUAGCAGAGCCUGAAGCCCAGCAGCCCAGCUUCAGGUUGCAGGCCAGGCACCUGGAGCCCUGCCCUGUAGCAGAGCCUGAAGCCCAGCAGCCCAGCUUCAGGUUGCAGGCCAGGCACCUACAGCCCUGCCCUGUAGCAGAGCCCGAAGUCCAGCAGCCCUGCCCUGCAGCAGAGUCUGAAGCCCAGCAGCCCAGCUUCAGGUUGCAGGCCAGGCACCUACAGCCCUGCCCUGGGGUGGAGCAGGAGGCCUCCAAGGUCUGCUCCUUGCAACACAGCAACCCAGGGUCAAGCACGCAGCCCUACUGCAAUCUAGGUACCCCUGGGACCACCAGCCUGACAUUCUCUUCCCAGCAGCCACUCUGUGCCAACCCCCUUAUCUACUCGCUGCAUUCUCCAAGGUCCCCCAUUGGCCAGGCAGGCCCCAGCAGUCUGGCGCCAAGAGCCCUGGCCCUGAGGCAGCGCCUCAAAGCCUGUCUGUCAGCCAUCCACGGCUUCCACGAGGCCCGUUUGGAUGACGAGUGUGCCUUCUACACCAGCCGGGCCCCGCCCUCCGGCACCAGCCGGGUGUGCACCAAUCCUGUGGCCACAGUCCUCGAGUGGCAGGAUGCCCUGAGUUUCGUUCCAGUUGGUUCUGCUGCCCCCCAGGACUCUCCACCCUGAGUCACCCACUCCACCUACACUCACCUUGCAUGCUCCUUCCCAUUUAGCCCUUAUUUAUUGCCUGUCCGUCUUUGGGACUGGGACCCGUCUGUCCUUUAAUAAAGUUUCUAAAGUC